UGCAUCCAGCAGCCCAAACACACUGCGAACGAGGCGUCUUCCCAGCCCAGCCCAGCCAGAGGGACUGAGCUGAGGGUGUUGAGCACCGAGAGAUCCUGGCACUGAGGGUCUGUCCUGUGUCAGCCCCUCAGGGUGACAGUCACUUGGUUUCAAGAUCAUCCCACAGCUCCAUCCCAAUGAUCCUCCCUGCGCACUUGGCCGCUCCCCUGCUCACGCUGGAGCUGUCUGUGCUCCUCAUCGCAGGAGGAAGGCUGAAUAUAAAAAGCCUGUGGGCUCGCACAACUCAAGUUUGUUUCUCCUAGCUCCCAGCCAAGCCUUUCUGAUAACCACCGCCUGGGGAGGGCUGUAAUUUCUUGGGUUUAUAUAUAGAGGCAACGAGGUUGUGCCGGAGACAGGGACUAUAUAAAGGGGCCACCCUGCCCCACUCCCCAGCCAGACUGGUGGAGCCACAGAGCCACGGGGUGCCCCUCUCGGUGGCCAUGGACACAUCCUACCCACGGGAGGACUACUCGUCCCACAAGCGGGAGCCAUCUCCUGCCGCCCGCGCAUCCCCACCACCCCGUGACCACCUCAUCUGGUCCCUCUUCAACACCAUCUACAUGAACUUCUGCUGCCUCGGCUUCAUGGCGCUCGCCUUCUCUGUCAAGGCGCGGGACCGGAAAGUGUGCGGGGACGUGGAAGCUGCUCGGCGCUUCAGCUCCAAGGCCAGGUGCUACAACACCCUGGCCACGGCGGGGAGCGUGCUGCUGCCGCUGCUGCUGGUCGCCCUGGUCAUCACGGGCGUCCUCCACCUCUCCAAGCUCGCCCACGAGUCCGUCGGCUUCUUCACCUACCAGUUCAGUGGGAGUGAUGACGAGGACAAGUGACCGGCGGGUGAAGGGCUUGUAGAAACUCCUUCGCAUCGCCGGUGGCCCCCAGACAGACCACUGGUCCAGUGUAACCCACCGCUCAGGGCCACGUCCGCAAGCUUGCGUGGCCACAGGGCAGCGUGGGGGUGGGCAGCCCCCAAAGCUUCUCCCGCACUCUGCAUCUCCCCUCACCCUCCCCUGCCUGGUCCAGCACCCCCAGCCCCGCCGUGCCCGAGCCCAGCUCCUGGCCAUGCUUCUUGGGGCAGCU